AGAACCAUAGAGGCAUUUCAAAUCAUUCAGUACGUAGUUGUGACUUCGAUUUCACAGAGUUCGGACGUUUAUUUUUUCUUCAAUCUUUAUUUCUCUUUUGUUUACGUAUUCUUUAGUUGUGUUAAAGUUACCUACUGGAUAUGAUACGGCAUUUUUAGUUUUCGAAGAUCAGCGAUAGUUUCUUUUACAUUUAGUAAUUGUUUUGGGAUUAUUUAAGAACAUUUUAUAGACUUGAUUAUUUUUUGAAAUGAUGCAAGCUCCGCAAAUCGUACAAAAUGGAGGAAUGAUUUCUCAUAUGAACAAUAUGAUGGGGCUUCAUAUGAAUGAGGCUAAUAAUCACAGUGCUCCAGUUCCAUCCGUAAAAGAGAAGCAACAAGAAAGGAUUCGUCGCCCGAUGAACGCUUUCAUGGUUUGGUCACGAGCUCAGAGAAGAAAGAUUGCUCUUGAGCACCCUAAAAUGCACAAUUCAGAAAUCAGCAAAAGACUUGGUGUUGAAUGGAAACAACUGGAUGAAAACGAAAAGCGCCCAUUCAUCGAUGAAGCCAAACGUUUACGCCAAGAGCACAUGCGAUUGCAUCCCGAUUACAAGUACCGUCCCCGACGAAAACCUAAACCGGCAGCUAAGCCAGCAGAACCGGUCAUGCCUUAUGGAGUGCCUUACUAUCCAGCCUUUAACCAGAGAACUUUCAUGGCUCCUCAAGUGGGAGUUUACGAUGCUGAAAAUCGUGCAGCUCUAGUUAAUGCAUCUUAUCCCAUGCAUUUUCCUUCCUAUGCUGCAAGCGGCUAUCCUGCCUCUUCUGAAUCUUCUCCAGGAGCGGUGGAUUUUCAGCACAAUCAAGUGUCUGGAUCAGCAGCUCUUUACCAUCGGAUGUAUUCUCAACCAGUUAACCAGGGUAUGUUCAAUUCUGAUUUGUACAAUCGCAACGAAAAAUCCAAUGGAUCCUCUAGUCCUAGUGAUCAACACCACCAGAACAGCUCUCCUAUACCCGCAGAACCCAUCCACACACCUCCAACUGUUUCUUCUGGACUUAACCUGCCUUAUGCAACCAAAUCAGAAAUGCCUGCAAUUUCAAGCUCUUACAACAUGCCUUUGGGCUAUAGUUCUCAAACUUACAAUAGUGCAAUGCUGACACCUCCUUCUUCAAAUUCCCCAAAUCAGCACAAUAUUAUUUCUCCAGGUCCCAGCAUUAAAACAGAAAUGGAUAAUCAAAACAGUAGUCCUAGUGCUCCAGCUCAGCAAAAUCCAACAUCAGUGUUCCCCGUGCCGCCAUCAAUGUCCUAUUUUACUUCACCAGAGUUUUGGCCUAGUACUACAACACCUAGUGUAGUGAACCCAUACCCCUUUUACAUGUCACAAGGACGUGGCAUGCCAUUACAGAUGUAAAAUUGCAUCGAAACAGGACUAAAGGACACUGGUAACUGGAAGUUUUCUAUUACAAUUGUGAAAUAGAACUUUUAAAUUUUUAAUUACUGUUUUUCAUCUAUAAUCUUGAUUUUUCUGAAUGAUUUUCAAACAAAUUUUGAAUUUAACUUUUAAGAUAUCGAUUAAAAUUUUUACAAUGUGAAUUGAAAAGGUUUUUCAUGUAAGUGUUUUUAUUGUUUACUAUUUCUGAUUAACUUAAUGCUUGUCACAAGGUAAUUUUUAUUCGUUCUAAAGAAAAUUUCAGUGUUUUUUUUUUUCGUAUUUUGUUAUCCCAAGUUGAGAACUUUAAAUUUCAAAUUCCUAAUUUGAGAAACUCUUGGGUUGUGACAUUUGAUUUGAUAUGACAAUAUUUUUUUCAAAAAAUUAUGAUCAAAUAUGCCAGUAGGGACACUGAUUUUAGUAAAUUAAGGCUUCACUACAUAGUUGAAAAGUGCUUUGUAUUAUUUCUUUUAAAGUUUGCCUAUUACAUGUUAUUUUCAUUUGUUUUUUGACAAAAAUGUAAAUCAUUUGAGACAGCAACAUUUUUUUAAGACUGAUAUUUUUUAAUUGGAAUUUUCUAUCUUAGCAUUUUCAUACAUCAAUUACAUUUUUAUGAGCUUCAAAUUUGUGGUUGCUAUGAUGUGAUGUAAAUAUGAAAAAAAGUAAGGAAUUCAUUGUAUAUACCGCAUCAGAUGCCUUACUUUUUCUUGUAUAUUGUUUUGUUGAUAUUUAAUUAAUCAAGAAAAGUGCCCUUACUAAUGUAAAAAAAUUGUAUAUUUCAUUGAAUCAUCGAAUAAAAUGUAGAACUGUA